CCCACUCUCACUUCAUUCACUCUUUGUAUUUCAUUCCUCCAAUAUCUCUGUUUCACUACCUCUCUUCAUCUCCCUCCCAGUGUUGAAUGAAUGCUUAGAUUAAGCCCGUAACUGAUAAUUAACCCCAAAAUCAUAGAUCAAACAUAGAGAGAUUUAAACAAAAUCUCCCCCACGAACAAACCUAAUCUCUCUUGGCCUAAUCUCCACGUUUUCCCCUGUUAUAAUAACAUGGUUUCUCUUCACUUUUGCCUUCGAUCUUAAGCUCCUUUAUCCCUCUUCUUUUCCCUUUUAGAAACCCAGAAUUUAGAUAUCUGUGUUUUGUUUUUGUGUUCAUGGACUGCUUGAGAGAAAUAGAAGGAAAACAAGCUCAUGAUCCUAUAUUCAUUGAGAAGAUGAGUAAGUCGUCGCCUCCGCGGUGUGUAUACGUUCCGGGGCCGCUCAUCGUCGGCGCAGGGCCGUCGGGUCUGGCGACCGCCGCUUGUUUGAAGGAGAAAGGUGUACGGAGUGUAGUCCUAGAGAGAUCUAACUGCAUAGCAUCUUUGUGGCAGCUCAAGACCUAUGAUCGCCUACACCUUCACUUGCCGAAGCAGUUUUGCGAGUUACCGCUCAUGGGGUUUCCUAGUGAUUUCCUUACUUACCCUACUAAACAGCAAUUCGUCAACUACUUGGAAUCAUACGCCCGGAGGUUCAACAUUAGGCCUCGGUUCGACGAGACGGUCUCGCGGGCCGAGUACGACUCCACAAUUGGUUUCUGGCACGUGAGAAGCGUGGGGUCGAAGGGGAAUGAGACGGAAUAUGUGUGUCGGUGGCUGGUGGUGGCGACGGGAGAGAAUGCGGAGGCGGUGGUGCCGGAGAUUGAAGGAAUGGUGGAGUUUGGUGGGGACAUAAGGCAUACGAGUUUAUAUAAAAGUGGUGAAGAGUUUAGGGGGAAAAGGGUCUUGGUGGUGGGUUGUGGGAAUUCAGGCAUGGAGGUGAGCCUGGAUCUUUGCAAUCAUAAUGCUAAGCCUUCGCUUGUGGUCCGAGACACGGUGCACAUCCUCCCACAAGAGAUUAUGGGGAGAUCGACUUUUGGGUUAUCGAUGGGGUUGCUCAAGUGGCUGCCGAUGUGGUUCGUCGAUAGGCUCUUGUUGAUCAUAUCGUGGUUGCUACUCGGAGACACGGCACGAUUCGGGUUGGAUCGGCCUAGGUUGGGUCCCCUCCAGCUCAAGAAUCUGUCCGGAAAGACCCCAGUGUUAGAUGUAGGCACGCUUGCCAAAAUCAAAAGUGGAGACAUUAAGGUACGUCCAAGCAUCAAGCGUCUAAAGCGACAUGCGGUGGAGUUUGUCAAUGGCAACACUGAAAAUUUUGAUGCAAUCAUCUUUGCAACUGGUUAUAAGAGCAACGUACCCUCUUGGCUAAAGGAAAGGAAGAUGUUCUCAGAGAAAGAUGGGUACCCCCGAAGGCCAUUUCCUAAUGGGUGGAAAGGGGAGCGUGGGCUAUACGCCGUGGGGUUCACUAAACGUGGCUUGCUUGGUACUUCAAUGGACGCUCUGAGGAUUGCAGAAGAUAUCCAACGGUGCUGGAAAAAAGAAUCAAAGCAUCACUACUUUUAGCACCAUUCAUCAUCACCAUUACUGACAACAUUUUUGUUGCCUUAUUUCGUUUCUUGGGGUUUGAAAUUCAGUGAGAUCACACAGAUUUUUGGUUGAAGAUAUAUACACUAAUAUAUUACUCCACACUUGAACCAGCGGCAGUGGAUUUUAGGGUUAAAAAAGGGGCAAAGGUGGGAGAGAGUUUUCUCGGUGAACACUUAUCUUCUUUACCAGAGAGAGAAAAGAAAGGGUUGGUGUUGUUUGGGUGUGGGAAAAUCUCAGACGAUUUGUUCAUCUUGUACAUUACCAUUUUUCUCUAAUUAGUGCUUUAGGGUUGUUUGAUAUUUGUUAUGGACAUCAAGUGACUGUGUUCUUUUAACCUAUAUUUUCCCAUGGGAUCUUUGGAAUAUUAAAGAGUUAAUUAAUUAUAGCAAUCUUC